CUAUCAACAUCCCCAGUCGGUGAAGGGAAGCUGGGAGACCGCGGAGGAACAGGAGCUGGCGGCGGCAGGGGAUCAGCGGCUCCCGCGUUCGUCGGACACUCAGCUAUAGCUGCUCCCAGGCAGUGGUGGUGGUGGUGGUGAUGGCGGCGGCAGUGGAGCGAGGAGGCGUUCGGGCCACUUUCCUGAACCCGGGGGGCGGCGGCGGCGGCGGCAGCGGCGGACCUGCACCGACGAUGCUGCCGACCGGAGCGCUAGCCGGGGCUGUGGUCCUGGGCUCAGGCUCCAGCAGUAUGCCCGUGCCCAUGAACCUCUUUGCGACCUGGGAGAUUGACCGAUCAUCUCCGAGCUGCGUUCCGAGGCUGUGCAGCCUCACACUGAAGAAGCUGGUCGUCCUCAAAGAACUGGAUAAAGAGCUGAACUCGCUUUCUAUAGCUGUCAAAAUACAGGGCUCAAAGCGUCUUCUGAGGUCAAACGAGUACGUCCUCCCUCCCAGCGGACUGAUGGAGACCGACCUGGAGCUCACCUUCUCACUACAGUACCCCCACUUUCUAAAGAGGGAUGCCAACAGACUGCAAAUCAUGCUGCAGAGACGGAAGCGCUACAAAAAUCGAACCAUCCUGGGCUACAAAACAUUGGCUGUAGGAGUUAUCAAUAUGGCCGAGGUGAUGCAACACCCAACAGACGGGGGACAGAUCCUGGCUCUCCAUAGCAACGUGAAGGAGGCCCCGGUGCGCGUGGCAGAGAUCAGCGUUUACUCUCUGUCCAGCCAGCCCAUUGACCACGAGGACGGCAGCGGACAGGCCUGCCGCAAGACCAAAACCUCAGACCGCUCCCCUGACAUGGAUAACUACUCGGAGGACGAUGACGACAGCUAUUCGUCGGAGCAGGAGGCCAGUGAUGACGCAGUUAAUGCCCAGGAUAUUUAUGACGAAGAUGACGAAGUCCGGAAGCCCAAGAAACCCCGCAGGAAAAUGAUCAGAACCACCUCCAUGACCAGGCAACCUAAUUUUAAGCAGAAAUUUGUGGCUUUGCUGAAGAGGUUCAAGGUUACUGACGAGGUGCUAGACUCUGACCCAGUGGACCAGACCCAGGAGGUGGAGGAGGAUCUGGACUUGCUCUAUGACAGUCUGGAGGUGUACAACCAGAGCGACAGUGGGCCAGAGAUGGAGGACAACGAGAGUGUACUGAGCACUCCAAAGCCCAAGCUCAAGCCGUUCUUCGAAGGAAUGUCUCACUCCAGCUCCCAGACAGAGAUCGGAAGCACGCACAGCCAAAAGAGUCAGCAGAGAGAGCUGUCCUGUCCUAGUGGGGAUUUUCUGACUGUGGACAGAUGUAAAGUGCAAGGGAGCCGAUAUCAAGAUGACAGCAUCGCGGAAACCGCUGUUGGGAUCCAGGAGCCAGAGACGGAGAACAGUGGGUCGGUAACAGGCGAGGCAAACAGCUGGGAUGUCAACACUGAGAGGAUGGCCAGCACCGUUGGCAAGCUCUGCAAAACAGAGUCACAAAACCACAUGUCACCCAGUAAAGUGGAGAACAAGCUGCAGAGGCGUCCACGCAGCACCUCCAUGAAAGACAGACAAAACUCAAAGGCUCAGAGCGACAGGACCAGCAGCAUGGAGAGCGAGUGUUCCCCAGACUCCCGACUCGUAGCGCAGUUUCAGAGUCUCUGCUCCUCGUUUUUCUCCAAGGUUCCCAGGAAGUCCGUGUAUGACCAGCUAAACCAGAUCCUCAUCUCAGACGAGCGCUUACCUGAGAGCAUCAUUCUGAUCAACACUACAGAGUGGCAAGGACAGUAUGUUGCCGACUUGCUCCAUGAACAGGGCCAGCCCAUUGUCUCCACGUGCUCUGCUGCUGAUGUUCAGGCUGCCUUCAACACCAUCGUUACACGCAUUCAGAGAUUCUGCAACUGCAAUGCACAGACGCCGCCGACGAUAAAAGUGGCUGUCGCCGGCGACCAGAGUUACCUCAGCACCGUCCUGAGGUUCUUCGUGGAGCAGCUGGCCAAUAAGACCCCUGACUGGCUCAGUUAUAUACGCUUCCUCGUCAUCCCCAUCGGUUCUCACCCCCUGGCGAAGUACGUGGCCUCCUUCGAUAGCCGCUUCAACAGCAUCUUCAUGGACACGGCUUGGAGGGAGCUGUUCUGCAGGACGGAGCGGCCCACGUCAGAUAACAUAGAUGUAGCAGGACGAAUCGUUCAGUAUCUAGCCGGUGCCAACGUGUCCCACCAGUUUCCCAUCUCAGAAGCCAUGCUCACCUACAAGCAGAAGAGGAAAAGAAGUCUGUAUUUUGAUUUUUAUAUCAGCCCCGAUGAAGACUCCUGUCAGAAGUUUGUGCCGUUUAUUGGGGUUGUUAAGGUUGGAAUAGUGGAGCAAAGCCUUUCGACCUCAAUGGACUCUGAUGAUGCAAUGGGAGGCAACACGAGCAUCCUGUCCUCCCCACCGCCCCCAUCGGCUGGCCCGUAUGGGAAGGAGAUUGGGAGCACCCCCCCGCAGUCUCCCUCUGUGUCCACCGCGCUGUCAGGAGCUGGCUCUCCGUGUUCGGGCAGUGAGGUGAUGGGGCUCCAGGUGGAUUACUGGACGUGGCAGGGCUCGGAGAAGAAGAAGGAGGGCGAGAAGAGGGACGUGGGAUUGAAGAACACCCUCAAGUGUAACUUCCGAUCGCUGCAAGUCAGCCGCCUGCCCUGCGGAGGGGAGCUCACUCCUCCGCCCAGUAUGGCCAUGACGGUGGUCACUAAGGAGAAGAACAAGAAAGUGAUUUUCCUCAGCAAGAAGCCCAAGGAGAAAGAGCUGGACUCUAAGAGCCAAGUGAUCGACGGCAUCAGCAGGCUGAUCUGCACGGCGAAGCACCAACACACCAUGCUGAGAGUCAACAUCGACGGCGUGGAGUGGAACGACGUGAAGUUUUUCCAGCUCGCCGCCCAGUGGCCGACGCACGUCAAGCACUUCCCGGUGGGAAUCUUCGGCUACACUAAGCCGGUGUGACCCCGCCAGGCCACCGUCCAGCCAGGCACCAGACUCUCAGCUGCACUUGUCUUACCCAGAGAAUUACACCCUAACCCACGGAGGUGAAAGUAUAAGUUUUCCUGUGGAAAUCUUAAUGACUUACAUUGUGUUCAGUAUAGAAAAAAAAAAAAAAAGUUCAUGCCGUCUGUUUGAUGUUUUUGAUGUUGUCGGGUGUUGCUUUUUUUUUUUUUUUUUUACACACUACAAAAAGAACAAUUUUGUAAGAUUUGUGGAUAUUUUGAGGUUGUUGUUUUUUUUGGUUUUUUUUCGACAAAAUUGCCACAUUUCAGUAAUGGCAGCUGUGUUUGCACUUUGAUUUUGUUUGAACAUGUUUAUUAUUUCUGUGAAAUCCUACAUUUAUUGUUACCCUGUAGACUAUGGAGGAGUGUGACGGUGACGUGCAGUGAGUGGCGUGCGUGAGACCGUGUUUGUGUUUGUCGUCGAAAGCUGGAGUAUUGCUGUGAAUCUAGAUGGAAACUUUCUCUUCUUACUCGUCCCUUUACGUUUUUUUUUUUUUUUCUUUUUUGGAAGAAAACAAACAAACAAAC